AUGAAGGUAUUGGAAAAAAAUUACUUCUGGAUGUUGCUUCCGUUACUUCAUUGGAUAGCGAAUGCUGCGGAGCAUGAAGAGGUGGCGAAACAUGCCAUCAAGUUACACCGAGGCAGAGGGGCAGCUGUCACUCAGAGGAGGCAGUGGGUCCUGGAUAGUUGCAGAAAGCUCUCCGGGCUUCUUCGCCAAAAAGCCGCUGUUCUGAACAAACUGAAAAAUGCAAUCAGAGCAGUGGAGAGAGAUGCCAGCCUGUCGGAUGAAGAGAGACUGUUUCAGGUGCACACAUUUGAAAUUUUCCAAAAAGAGCUGAACGAAAGUGAAAAUUCAGUCUUCCAGGCUAUCUAUGGUCUCCAGAGAGCCCUGCAGGGAGAUUACAGAGAUGUGGUGAACAUGAAGGAGAGCAGCAGGCAGCGCCUGGAGGCCCUUCGAGAGGCUGCCAUAAAGGAGGAGACAGAAUAUGUGGAACUUCUGGCAGCAGAAAAGCAUCAAGUGGAAGCCCUCAAAAACAUGCAACAUCGAAACAGAAGUUUGUCCAUGCUUGAUGAAAUUCUUGAAGAUGUAAGAAAGGCAGCAGAUCGUUUAGAAGAGGAAAUAGAAGAACACGCUUUUGAUGACAAUAAAUCAGUCAAAGGGGUCAAUUUUGAGGCAGUUCUGAGGGUGGAGGAAGAAGAGGCCAAUUCUAAGCAAAAUCUCACGAAACGGGAGGUGGAGGAUGAUUUAGGUCUCAGCAUGCUGAUCGACUCCCAGAACAACCGGUAUAUUUUGACCAAGCCCAGGGACGCGACCAUCCCGCGUGCAGAUCACCACUUCAUAAAGGACAUUGUUACCAUAGGAAUGUUGUCUUUACCUUGUGGCUGGCUAUGCACGACAAUCGGAUUGCCUACAAUGUUUGGUUAUAUUAUUUGUGGUGUACUUCUGGGACCUUCAGGACUAAAUAGUAUUAAGUCUAUUGUACAAGUGGAGACAUUAGGAGAAUUUGGUGUGUUCUUUACCCUUUUUCUCGUUGGCUUAGAAUUUUCCCCCGAAAAGCUGAGAAAGGUGUGGAAGAUAUCCUUACAAGGACCCUGCUACAUGACACUGUUAAUGAUCGCGUUUGGCUUAUUGUGGGGACACCUUUUACAGAUCAGACCCACUCAGAGUGUCUUUAUUUCUACUUGCUUGUCCUUGUCGAGCACACCCUUAGUGUCCAGAUUCCUCGUGGGCAGUGCCCGGGGUGAGAAAGAAGGUGACAUUGACUACAGCGCGGUGCUGCUCGGGAUGCUGGUCAUGCAGGACGUGCAGCUGGGCUUGUUCAUAGCCGCCAUGCCGACGCUCAUCCAGGCCGGAGCCAGCACCUACUCCAGCAUUGUCAUGGAAAUACUGCACAUACUGGUUCUGAUGGGUCAGAUUCUGUUUUCGCUAGCUGCUGUUUUUCUCUUAUGUGUCGUCAUAAAGACGUAUCUCGUGGGGCCGUAUUAUCGGAAGCUUCAUGUGGAAAGCAAAGGGAGCAAAGAAGUCCUUGUCUUAGGAAUCUCGGCUUUCAUCUUCUUCAUGUUAACGGUCACAGAGCUAUUGGAUGUCUCCAUGGAGCUGGGCUGCUUCCUGGCUGGAGCGCUCAUCUCUUCCCAGGGCCACACAGUCACCGAGGAGAUUGUGGCUUAUGUGGAGCCCAUCCGAGACUUCCUGGCUAUCAUUUUCUUCACGUCCAUAGGCCUGCACGUGUUCCCCACCUUCGUGGCGUAUGAGCUCACCGUGCUGAUGGUGCUCACCCUGUCGGUGGUGAUCAUGAAGUUUGUUCUGGCAGCCCUGGUCUUGUCUCUGCUCCUGCCGAAGACCAGCCAGUACAUCAAGUGGAUCGUGGCUGCAGGGCUGGCCCAGGUCAGCGAGUUCUCCUUCGUCCUGGGGAGCAGAGCGCGCAGAGCGGGCAUCAUUUCUCGGGAGGUGUACCUCCUCAUCCUGAGUGUCACCACGCUCAGCCUCUUACUGGCCCCGGUGCUGUGGAGGGCUGCCAUUACAAAGUGUUUGCUGCGACCUGAGAGACGGUCCAGUCUCUGAGGGCACCAGGAUGAAUAGCGACUGCUGUGUGUGGAAAGCACACAUUUGGGACAGUUGUAUAAUCGCACAUUCCUGUGAGCCUUCUACAUCGGGAACAGAACACUCCAUGAAAGGGGGUGUCUUCAUAUUUGCCCGGCUUUACAAACUCUUACUGCCACGUUUUAGGAUCUCCAGAGUAACUUAUCGUGUUCGUUUGUCAUGCACGGUAUAGGUGUAGUGCUUGGUCUGCAGAUCGCCUUGACUAUUUUGCCUGGAUGUGCCUUUUUUUCUGAAAUCAAUGUUAACUUUCUAUUGUUACUUCAUCAGUUCAGAUUUUUUGGUAAAGAAAAAAGAAAGCUUUUUUAUUUGUUGUACAACUUUAGUGUUGUAAUCUGUUGGUCAAUAUUUGUUAUUAAACAUUUCUGUGAUGUGAAAAUUUAAUUCUGGCAAUGAGUUUGGAAAGUUACUCUUAAUCCUUAAAGCCAAUGUUUUCUAAAAUGAGACAAAUAUCUUCUAAAUGUCUGUUUGCUUUUUAUUAUAACAAUUUUAAAUAAAUACUUUCAUUUCAAUUUUUAUUAGGUAUAUCAUUCUUUUAAAAUAUUUGGUUUGAGUCACAAGAAUAUGCAUUCUCUAAUAAAGGUCACUUAUGAUCAGAGUA